AUGGAUGUGUCAAGGUCAUACAAACUACACCUUCAAGCAAUAGCCCUACCAAAAAAGCUCCCCGGCAAUGCCUAUUUCAAACAUGUUUAUAAAAACCAUUUCCUUAAAAUUCAUCAAAUUUCUCUUAGAAAAUUUCUCCCUCCGGCUAAAUUGUUUUUAAAUGCCAAUGCAAUUUCUGAAUUUAAUAGAAAAAAAACUGUUAAAUUAUUCUACGGAGGAAGACUGACCUUGACCACAGAAGACCACACUCUUGUUUGGGACAGGCAGAGCGAGGACUUCAAGAUUGAAAUCAACCAAUCAACAGAGACCGGAAGAGGAAAGGGAAAUUUGAUUGGCGGAUGGAAAAAAUUGAGAUGGUGGAGGAAAAAAUGGGGUAAAAACUGGAUUGGCGGUCAAAAAAAUGGCGAAAAUGGUAUUGAUAAUGAUUUCGUCGAUGAUGGUAAUGAUGAUGAUGAUAUUAGUGAUGGUAAUGAUAAAGUUAAUAGCUACUGUGAGGACAAAAAUUACGAAGAGAACAAUCCAUUUUUAUAUCUGGAUGGUUAUAGCGACAAAGUUUUUAGUAGAGAUGACAUCAAGUAUUUAAAAUAUGGAAACGCCGAUGUCAAUAACGAUGACGUCAUUAAUGACAACAACAACAACAACAACAACAUCAACAUCAACAACAUCAACAUCAUCAACAACAACAACAACAACUCAGCAAGCAAUAUUCUAAACGGCCUUUAUAAUUCUGACGGUGACAACAUCAUCCACGAUUAUGACAGCAGUGACACGGAUGAUCAAA